AUGUUCUACACCGCCCGCGCCCCUCUUCCCCCAGCCUACAAGAAGUUGCCUAACACCCCACUUUACAAACAGGUCGUCUCUAGUCAUGAAGCCACCGACAUCCCUAGUAACCAUCCUCCAACGUACGCUUACCUACAGAGAUACGUCUGGCUCGUGCCCGUGUACGGCACCACCGCCACCACCGCCGCAACCGACUUCGAGAUCGUGGUUCAAAAUACCCCCAACAAGGGCAAAGACAAUCUUGCUGAAGGUGACGGAGGAAAAGCCCGCUACCUGAUUGUAGGGAAAGAUCCGUUGGCACCCGAGAGGGUGACUCAUGUGGCGUUUCCGAAGACUAUUGAGAGUGUGAAGGGUGUCCCGGUUGGUUAUAGUGGUAUGACGAUCGAUAUUCAUAAUGGCAGGGGUGGCGACUUUUUGUAUCUGUGUUGGAAGUCGGAGGGAUUUUGA